GUUGACUCCCUGCUCUCCAACCGGGAGUCUGUCCUAACGUCAAAAGACACACCCGCCAUCUUCAAGCAAACCACAGCGGUGCUUUCAUGAUCUGUAUUCAACCUCCCUAGCCUCUGUUACUGUGCCGGGCUCGGAUUCACGACAGACAGUGUCGGGCAAGAUAUUCAAAAUGGCAGCUUUUGUUACAGCCUCUAGAAGACCCAUUUUGGGUUUUCCAUUUCCCCUAACUUCAUGCGAGUUAGCCUCCCUUGAGUUGCGGCGGGCCCAAUCCUCUUACAGGCGCACAAAACAACGCCUACGAGUCAAACCAGACGCUUCUUUCGGCUUGCCCUCGGAUAAAUCUCAUGAUCAUAUCAUUUUCAACCCUCCGUCAAGCUCUCCAUCUGUCUAUCACACGCCGACGAAAUUUCUCCCGUCGAAUGACGCUCGGAGAACACUUCGGACUGAUAACCAUGCCAGCGCCCAGGAUUUGGAAGAGCUUCCGUCUGUGUUUAAAUCAUCUAUUGAGAAGAAAUAUCACUUAAGCCCGUCAGACAUAACCGAAAUUCGCAAACUUCGAUUGAGCGAUCCAAUGACUUGGAGUCGGGCAAAAUUAGCAAAGCGCUUUGAUUGCUCACCGAUAUUCAUUGCACAAGUAUGCGAGGCAAGUCCGCAGAAGAAGGAAAUUCAAAAGCAGGUUUUGGAAGCGGUACAAUCAAGAUGGGGUGCAAAACGCCGGAUGGCCAGAGAAGAUCGCAAAAUGCGAAGAGAGGCCUGGGGUCGGGACGAAUGAUCAACCAUGGACUUUGGUGGGAUUGCCUAUAUUUAUACUCUUUUAUCUUCGUUACCCAGUCUUUUCUCGGUGUUCUCAAAAGAGCUGUCAAUGAUCGGGCCUCCAUCAUGUACAAUAGUGACUAAGACCGUUUAGCAAUGUAUUAUAAAGACACGAAUGCGAUAAAUUGAAU